CUCUCUCUCUCUCUCUAAUCAGAAAUCAAAAAGAGCACACAGACUCCUCCUUCUAUACCGCUGCUCUCCCUCUUUCUCCCUGUCUACCUCUUUUUUUCACGGAUGCCCCUCUCUCACUCAUGCCUUCUCCUCUUGUCACUCUUGUAGUGGACUGUACUGACAGAAAUGUGGACAAUCCUCCUCUGGCUCUUCCUUUCCCUCCAGCCCGGUUCGGCUGAAGAAGUGAUGUUGCUGGACACGACUGAAUCCACCUCUGAACUUGGCUGGACAACUUAUCCUGAUACUGGGUGGGAUGAAGUGAGUGUGCUUGACGACAAGGGAAAGCUUAUCCGCACCUUUGAGGUAUGCAACGUCAAUCAAAACCAGCGCCUCCAUGACAACUGGUUGGCCACGCCCUUCCUGUACAGCCAUUCGGCUCCUCGGAUCUUCGUCACGUUGCACUUUUCCGUACGUGACUGCACCAGUCUACGCUCACCCUCACCGACCUGCAGGGAGACGCUCACGCUUUACUACAGGCAGGCUGACUCUCAGAAAGAGCUGGAGAGGACCUGGAGCGCAGAGCCUUCCAGUGGUGAGACCAGAGAGGGUUGGAUGAAGAUUGACACCAUUGCAGCGGACAAGAGUUUUAGCCGUGUAGAACCGAGUCUUCCUCACCAGUACAAACCAGACCGGAUGCGCCGCAUCAACGUCAAGACGCGAAGCUUUGGCCCCCUGACACGUCGCGGAUUUGUGCUGGCUAUAGUAGACAGUGGAGCAUGUGUGUCACUUAUGGGUGUGUCCAUAUUUUAUCGCCGCUGUCCAGCAACAACAUUGUACCUGGCCUCCUAUGUGGCCACACCCUCAGGGGCGGAGCCUUCAGCUCUGGUGUCAGUGACUGGGACUUGUGUACCUCACAGCCAAUCACAGGGUGGGACGUCUCCCCGAAUGCACUGUAAUGCAGAAGGUGAAUGGAUGGUGCCUGUAGGAAGCUGCACAUGUGACGCAGGAUAUGAACCAAAUCACAAUGGCUCUGCCUGUCUUGCCUGUCAGUUGGGCUUCUAUAAAGCCGUGUUGGGUUCGAUUUCAUGCACCGAGUGUCCAGCUAAUAGCAGAACCAGUAUGGAGGCUUCUAAAGUUUGUGAGUGCCGCAGUGGCUACUACCGGGCGCCGAAUGACGCCAACACUACAGCUUGCACUGCCCCACCCUCAGCCCCUGUGUCUCUGUCAUGGGAGUACGAGAGCUCAGAAGGAGGGGUAUCUCUACGCUGGAAGCCCCCUCUGGACCUGGGGGGUCGGAGUGAAGUGACAUAUAGUGUGGUGUGCAGAAUCUGCCCCUCGGCCACAUAUACUCACCCCGGUGCCUGCUCCUGGUGCGGAGAUUCAGUCACUUACACUCCUUAUAAAAGUGGCCUCAGACAAACUAAAAUUACCCUCAGCAAUCUGCUUACCCGAGUCACCUAUCUCAUCCAGGUUCAGGCUAUGAAUGAUGUGUCUCCUCUCAGUCCAUUCCCACCGCAAUUCGCUAGCAUCAACUUCACCACCAGCCAAUCAGUACCUUCUGAGGUUCCCAUGCUGCAUCAGCUCAACAGUGCUUCAGAGUCUAUUACUCUGUCCUGGCCUCAGCCUGACCGGCCCAACGGAGACAUCCUGGAGUAUCAGCUUAGAUAUUAUGACAAGAGCUUUGAUGAAAGCAGUGCAACCAGUGUGUUCACUGAGACCAACACAGUGACCGUAGAUUCUCUGACCCCAGGCUCCAUUUACGCCUUCCAGAUUCGAGCCCGCAAUGAGAGAGGAUAUGGCCCUUACAGCAAUUCAGUUUACUUCAGCACUCUGGCUAUGGAAGAGCGGUCGAGGCAAAUUCAGAGCCGCCUGCCUCUUCUGGUGGGGUCUGUGAUGGGCGGAGCUGCAUUCCUGUUAGUUGUGGCAGCAGUCAUCAUUGUGUUUGUCUUUAGGACUAAAAGGAGAGAGAGCCAUUACAGUGACAGACUUCAGAGAUAUAUUAGCAACAGAGCUGGGGUAAAGUAUUAUGUGGAUCCUUCUACUUAUGAGGAUCCAAGUGAGGCAGUCAAAGAAUUUGCCAGAGAAAUUGACCCUGCACACCUAAAGAUUGAGGAAGUCAUUGGUGCUGCUCAAUUCGGAGAGGUGUCCAGGGGCAGGUACAGACCUCUGGGUCGUAGAGAAGUGAUGGUAGUGGUGAAGACUCUGCGAUGGGGAGUGACAGACCGUGAGAGAGGAGUGUUCCUCAGCGAGGCUGGGAUCCUGGGUCAGUUUGAUCACCCCAAUGUGCUGAAGCUCGAGGGUGUGAUCACACACACUCCUCCUGAGCGAAUCAUUAUGGAGUAUAUGGAGAACGGCCCUUUGGAUGCCUUCCUCAGGGAAAAUGAAGACCAGUUCAGUGUGUUGCAGCUGGUGGGUAUGGUGAGAGGCAUCGGAGCGGGAAUGUGUUACCUUUCUGAAAGGAACUUUGUGCAUCGUGACCUCGCAGCUCGUAACAUUCUGGUGAACUCAAACCUGGUUUGUAAGGUCUCAGAUUUUGGUCUGUCACGGCUCAUGAAGGACCUGGACCACAAUAUGCCCACCUACACUGCAUCGCUGGGUUGUAAAAUACCUAUAAGAUGGACAGCUCCUGAGGCUUUCCAGCAUCGUAAGUUUAGCUCAGCGAGUGAUGUCUGGAGCUUUGGGAUCCUCAUGUGGGAGGUGAUGUCAUAUGGAGAACGGCCUUACUGGGAUAUGAGCAACCAGGAAGUAAUGAAGGCAGUAGCUGAUCAGUAUCGUCUUCCUGCUCCUAACAGUUGCCCUCCUGUUCUACAUGCUCUGAUGCUGCAGUGUUGGCAGGCUGACAGACAGGACCGUCCCAGGUUCGACUCUAUCCUGUCAUCUCUGGACCGUCUCAUACGUCACCCUGCAUCCCUGAAGGCUGAGCAUGCUCGCCCCACCCAACCCCUGCUUAGCCCCACCUCCACAGAUCUGUCAACGGUGACGACAGUCAGUGAGUGGUUGAGUGCCCUGAGGAUGGACCGCUACAAGGAUGAGUUCGAGAGAGCACAACUAAACAGCCUUGAAAGAGUGAGCUUGCUUACUAUGGAAGAUGUGCAGGAUUUGGGAGUGAACCUGUUGGGUCAUCAACGGAAGAUUGUGAAUGCAGCACAGCAGCUAAGGACUCAUCUCACUCAGGGACAGGUGGAGGUAUAGAGGACUUUGCCCCACUUUCUUCUGGACAAUUAAAUACACAGGUGUCCAGUCCAGCCUACACAACAGCCCAAGACCUGCAACAUAGGGAGAUAAAAAAGGACGAAGUGUUAUGACAAGAAGAACUUUGUCAUUCCU